UCAGAUAAAGAGGCUUACCAUGGUGUGGCAUGUAGAUAUGGAAUUGCUUGAGUCAUGAAGAACGCUUGUCAAGUGUCUCCCACACCUACAGGAAGAUAUAAAAGUUGAAUGUCUCUGGGAUUCUUUUCCAUUUUCACUUUCUGCAACCUCUCGUUCUUAUCUGAAAGAAAAAUGAACAGAUUUGCUGCAAUUCUCGCUUUGUUGGGAGUCUUUUGGACUCAGACUUCUGCAUCAGAAACCUACUUCCUGCAUGGACCUGACAAUGCUUAUGUCGUUGCAACUAUGACUAUCGACAAUGAGAAGGACUUAGCUGAUGUCCAUAUCCGUUCUGGGCUGUACUCCUCUGAUACCAUUUUUGACUACCGGCAUGGAUAUGUUGCAACAAAGCUGUAUUCUCGAAACGCCUGCUUUAUCCUGAAAAUAGAGAAAGAUUCCAUCCCAGAGCUGAGAGAACUUGGGCGCCUGGCUUUUGAGAAACAGACUUUGAAGAAAAUAUUCUCCCCAAAUGAUGUGUGGGUAGAGUACGAACCUGGCAGUUCGACAAUAGCGAACAUUAAGGAAUGGUUUGUCUAUGGUAGAGCCAUUGAGAAUCUCUGCAGAGAUCUGCCUAUCUACAGGCUUGUAAAGUCUGAAGCACCACUAAAUUCUCGUGCUUGUGCCACCUCAGGAGUUCCAAGCAUUCUGGGCAUUAGAAUCUGUGAAAAACUUGACUAGACCUGGUCUUGACAAUUCCACUGCUGGGAAAUGGUUUGUUUUCCUGUGUGCUUCCCUGACUGCAGCCAUGUUCUUAAAUUGGGUCAGAUCUUACUGUUGGACUCAAUUGGCCUAUCCUAAUCUUUGAACACAGCACAACUACGAUGCACAAAUAAAGAUAAUGCAUUUAAAA